UUCGCAAGCACCUUGGAACGUACGGCCUGCACCCUCCUGCCGUUGAGAGCUUCGACACACAAGCCCAGCGAUGUACGUGAUGCAUCGUGACUAGUCAUCUGCCGGCAUAUGCUGACAACAGCACCAGGCCUCAGGCUUCUUGCCAUGAAGACGACUCCCAUUGAGAAGUUCCAGUACCUCACCCACCUCAAGGCCACAAACGUGCACCUGUUCUACAGACUGCUUUCGCAAAACAUCAAGGUAUGCGGUGCUCGCCGAUAUCGGAGGAGCAUUCAGCUGACAGAAACCCAGGAAUUGACUCCCCUCAUUUACACCCCGACCGUUGGCGAGGCCUGCGUGAGAUGGCACGAGAUCUACACACAGCCCGAGGGCAUGUACCUCUCCUUCAGCGAUCGCGGCCACCUCCGCGAGAUCCUCGACAACUGGCCUCACGAGGUUGAGAUCACUGUCCUCACCGACGGCUCUCGCAUUCUGGGUCUUGGAGAUCUCGGUGUGAACGGUAUGGGUAUCCCCGUUGGCAAGCUGUCUCUGUACACCGCCUGCGCUGGUAUCCGUCCCGAAGCCACCCUUCCUCUCACAAUUGACUUGGGCACAAACAACAAGGCUCUCCGCGAGGACCCUCUGUACAUGGGCUCAAGGGUGCCCAAGGUUACUGCCGAGGAGGAGAAGGAAUUCCUCGACGAGCUCAUGGCUGCUCUGACCGACAGGUGGCCCAACAUCGUUAUCCAAUUUGAGGACUUCAAGAACCCCUUCCCCGCCCUCGAGCGCUACCAGAACACAUACAGCAUGUUCAACGAUGACGUCCAGGGAACUGGUGCCGUCAUUGUCGGUGGUUUCAUCAACGCCGUCAAGGCGUCUGGUGUUCCCGUCAAGGACCACAAGGCUAUCUUCCUCGGUGCUGGCAGCGCUGGUACCGGUGUCGCCAAGCAGAUCGUCGAGUUCUUCAAGAAGGAAGGUCUGACAGAAGAGGAGGCCCGCCGCAAGUUCUGGUUCGUUGACUCCAACGGUCUUGUCACCCAAGACCGUGGUGACAAGCUCGCCGACCACAAGGUCUACUUUGCCCGUGACGACAACAACGGCCGUCAGUACCAGUCCCUCGCCCGCUUGAUCGACUACGUCCAGCCCACCAUCCUGAUGGGUCUGUCCACCAUUGGCGGUGCUUUCAACAAGGACAUCCUCCAGAAGAUGGCCAAGCUUAACGACCACCCGGUCAUCUUCCCCUUGUCCAACCCCUCCAGCAAGUCUGAGUGCACAUUCGAGGAGGCCGUCAUCCACACUGAGGGACGUUGCCUGUUCGCCUCCGGCUCGCCGUUCCCCUCCCUGGAGCACGACGGCAAGCUCCUCACUCCCGGCCAGGGCAACAACAUGUACGUCUUCCCUGGUAUUGGCCUCGGUGCCAUUCUCUCCAAGGCCACAUCUGUCACACAGGACAUGAUCUACGCCUCCGCCGAGUCGCUCUCCACAUCUCUGAACGAGCAGGAGGUCGCCGAUGGAUGGCUGUACCCCGACAUCCGCCGCAUCCGCGAGGUUUCUGUUGUUGUCACUCGUGGUGUCAUUCGUGCUGCUCAGCAGAACGGUGUCGACCGCGCUGUCGAGCUCCGCAAUCUCUCUGACGAGGAGCUCGAUGCCUACAUCGUCGACAGCAUGUACAACCCCUUCAAGGACGGCGAGCAGCUGGGCGAGGAGGUCGCAAACCUCGUCUCCCAGGCACAGUCAAACGGUGUCAGUGGCAUUACCAAUGGUGUUGCCCACUCGCAUUUGUAAAAGUCUGAUAUUCUUGAACCUCAUUAUCGGCGCUUGGAUUGUUUCUGGGGCAUGUGGCACAUGCCCUCAAGUUCGGCCACCACACUUUUCGGCCGUAAAAUGGACUUAGCUAUGGACUUUUAGGACGGAUGAUUCGAUACCCUGUUACACAUCCUCCUUCUCACACGUCUUAAGUAGAUGCUUUUUGAGCGAAUGCGUUGGCAUUGGGUUGGAAAUAAUACGAUGGAUACUUCAAUGUCUUGCUCUCGACUGUGACUGUCGUCUAUUAUCAUCACUCAUAGUAUUAAAAUCACGAACAAGAAUGAAACAACACCAGCCUUGACUCCCCAAACACCG